AUGGGAAGCAACCGCUGGCUCCGCAAUAGCCUGGUGUACCUGCUGAUUAUCAUCGGGGUAGUAAUCUUUUACACCCUGAUCCCUGCCUUCGGGACCGGUAAUGACCUGCCUCUCACCGAAGUGGUGACCAAGGCAAAGAACCACGAAAUCAGCGAGAUUAUCGUCGAAGGCGACAAGCUGACCGUUCUUCCCGUAGUGUCAGGCGGCGUCGGCGGUGCUCAGUACACCAGCCGCAUCAGUGAUCAGACCGACAUAAUGCAGGUGCUGGACGAUAACGACGUGGUAACGGGCCCGAGCGGAGUCCAGGUAACCUUCAAAGGCUCCGGUGGGUUGGGGAGCUUCCUGGGGUUGCUGCUGAACUUCCUGCCCCUCAUCUUCUUUGGCGGUCUAAUCCUGUUUAUGAUGCGCCAGGCCCAGGGCAGCAACAACCAGACUAUGAGCUUUGGCCGCAGCCGCGCCCGCAUGAUGCCUUUUAACCGGCCUACCGUCACCUUCUCCGACGUGGCCGGUGUGGACGAGGCCAAGACCGAACUGGUAGAGGUGGUGGAGUUCCUGAAGUAUCCGGAACGCUUCCUCUCCCUGGGCGCCCGCAUCCCCAAGGGCGUGCUUCUGGUUGGCCAGCCAGGUACCGGCAAGACGCUGCUGGCCCGGGCCGUGGCCGGCGAGGCUGGAGUCCCUUUCUUUCACAUCAGCGGCAGCGAAUUUGUUGAGAUGUUCGUGGGCGUGGGCGCAGCCCGGGUGCGUGACCUGUUCGAACAGGCCAAGCGCAACGCCCCCUGUAUCGUGUUCGUGGAUGAAAUUGACGCCGUGGGCCGCCACCGGGGCGCCGGAUUGGGCGGCGGCCAUGACGAGCGGGAGCAGACCCUGAAUCAGAUCCUGGUCGAGAUGGACGGCUUCGAGAGCACCACCAACAUCAUCGUACUGGCCGCCACAAACCGCCCGGACAUUCUGGAUCCGGCCCUGCUCCGUCCCGGCCGUUUCGACCGUCGCGUUGUUCUCGACCUGCCCGAUGUGGUGGGUCGACAGGCCAUCCUGAAGGUACACUCGGCGGGCAAGCCCCUGGCUCCGGAAAUCAACCUGGAAACCCUGGCCAAGGAGACUCCCGGCUUUAGCGGUGCCGACCUGUCCAACUUGAUUAACGAGGCAGCCCUUCUGGCGGCCCGCAAGAACCAGAAGAUCAUUCUGAUGCCUGACUUCGAGGAGGCCGUGGAACGGGUGGUUGCCGGGCCGGAACGGAAGAGUCGCGUCAUCAGCAGCCGCGAAAAGGAGAUGACCGCCUACCACGAGGCCGGUCAUGCCCUGGUGGCCUGGUCGUUGCCCCACGCCGACCGGGUGCACAAGAUUUCUAUCAUCUCCCGCGGCAACAUGGGUGGUCACACCACCCUGCUCCCUGAUGAAGACCGGUACCUGUGGACCAAGAACCAGUUCCUGGACAUGAUGGCUGUCACCAUGGGCGGCCGCGUGGCCGAGGAGCAGAUUUUCGACGAGGUUACCACCGGGGCUAGCAACGACCUGGAGCGGGCUACCAAGAUUGCGCUCAGCAUGAUCAAGCGCUACGGCAUGAGCAGCUCCUUGGGCCCCCGUACCUUUGGCAAGCGGGAGGAGUUGGUGUUCCUGGGCCGCGAACUCAGCGAAGAAAGGGACUACGGCGACAAGGUGGCCGAGGAGAUCGACCAGGAGGUCAAGGAACUGGUCAACAACGCCUACGUCCAGGCCUGUAACAUACUCAACGACAACCAGCCCAACCUGGUGCGCAUCGCCGAAUACCUGAUUGAGCACGAGGCUGUUUCCGGUGACGACCUGCAGCGUCUCUUCAACGGCGAGGAAACCAGCGGUGGAGGAGACACGGGUACGCCGGCAAUUCCGUCGGAACCGCCGCCCUAUGCCCCCAAACCGGCCCAGCCCAACAUUUCGCCCCAGCCGGCGCCGUCUCUGUCCAGCCAGAACACCCCGGACGUGGGAACCAUGAGCACAGGCAGCGGAGACGACUAG